AUGCAUGCAGACGUCUGCUUUCUGCUUUGUGCGUGUUUUCUCUCUGGAAUUCUGCAGCUGCGUGGACAGGCGAUUCAGACCUGCAGCCAGAGCAGGUCAAGACGAGAAAUAAGCAGAACACAGAGAGAAGGAAAUAAACCUGGCAGCACACUACCCAUGAGAGAUCCAGAUGUCACAAAAGCCCCAAUCACAAAAUCAGAACAGCUGCUGAAAUUAGACCAUCACGACUUCACCAUGAGACCUGGCUUUGGAGGGCCUGCAGUACCCGUGGGAGUGGACGUUCAGCUGGAGAGUUUGGACACCAUCUCUGAAGUUGAUAUGGACUUCACCAUGACUCUCUACCUGAGACACUACUGGAAGGACGAGCGUCUGUCCUUUUCCAGUAACACCAAUAAAAGCAUGACCUUUGAUGGGCGGCUCCUGAAGAAGAUCUGGGUGCCUGAUGUGUUCUUUGUCCACUCCAAACGAUCCUUCAUCCAUGACACCACCACAGAGAACGUCAUGCUCAGAGUUUAUCCCGAUGGCAAAGUUCUCUACAGUUUGAGGGUCACAGUCACAGCAAUGUGCAAUAUGGAUCUCAGUCACUUUCCCCUGGAUACCCAAACGUGUUCACUGGAGAUUGAGAGCUAUGCUUAUACUGACGAUGACCUCAUGCUGUACUGGAAACGAGGGAAUAGAUCUCUGCAGACGGAUGAGAAGAUUUCUCUGUCUCAGUUUCUCAUUCAAGAGUUUCACACCACUACAAAACUGGCUUUCUACAGCAGCACAGGUUGGUACAAUCGUCUCUACAUCAACUUUACUCUCCGGCGUCAUAUCUUCUUCUUCCUGCUACAGACGUAUUUUCCAGCCACUCUGAUGGUUAUGUUAUCAUGGGUGUCUUUCUGGAUCGACCGGAGAGCCGUUCCUGCUAGAGUUCCUCUAGGUAUUACCACAGUGCUCACCAUGUCUACCAUCAUCACCGGAGUAAACGCCUCCAUGCCCCGAGUGUCUUACAUCAAAGCUGUGGACAUUUACCUGUGGGUCAGCUUCGUCUUUGUGUUUCUGUCUGUGAUAGAGUAUGCCGCUGUCAAUUACCUGUCAACUGUGCAGGAGCGCAAAGAGAGGACACAACGCAGUAAGAUGCCAUGUACAUGUGGAAUGAUCCAUCCAGGUCAGAUGAUGAUGGACAGUAGUUACAGUGACAUGGACGUGAUGACUACAGGGAACUAUGGCAUGUCCGAACUGAACGGAGACAAACAUGAGCAGUUCCUAAUGCAUUUCGUCAUGGAUAAUGAACAAGGACCUGUAACCUCACGCAGCAGCUUAUAUAUAGACACUCACGCCAUAGACAAAUACUCACGGGUCAUUUUCCCUGGAGCAUACACACUUUUUAACAUUAUAUACUGGUCUAUCUACUCUCAGUGACACAGACAUUCGUGAAUACAGA